AUGGAUGAUGGACCGCCUCCGCCCCCGCCGCCGCACGGCGAAAACCCUCAUACUACUGAAGGUGAAUACCGCAAGUCGUCCGACCUGCCGCCUGGCAACUACGACAUUUUUGUCGUGCCACCACACUCGGCGGGAUCCGGCUUCCUGUAUCUCCCAUCCUUGGAGACACACCGCAACAGUUUCUUCGCCGGAGUGAUCAGUACCCUGCUGGUCGUCGUGGCAUGGUCUCUCGUUUCACCGGCAAUCAAGACAUGGUACAUUGCAACUGUUUCCAGUGGGAACGGCAGUGCCAAUAGUAUUGGGACGAUUGUCGUGGCAGUUGGGGUAGGUGUUGCAGGAUGGGCGUUGGGAUCAUCUCAGUCGAAGUCAGACGGGGUUGGAGGUGGCAACAACGGGGGGAACGGCACUGGAGGCUUUGGAGGAGGGUUUUUUGGGGGUUCUGGGACUGGUCGGUCUAAUUCGAAUCGCCAAUCAUAUGCGAACAGCAAUUCGUCGGGUCAUCGGCGACAGCAGCAUGGAGGGAGCUUCGGUGGAGGACAACAGCGUGGCAACCAAUACCAACAAGAAAACGAGCAGGAGCAGGAGAAAUCCGAGCCUCCUCCAAAGCCUGAUGAAAAGGACGAGCAAGAGAAGGCUGAACGGGAGCGCGAAAAAGAACGCGAACGAGAGCGAGAACGCGAGCGAGAAGAAACGAAGCGCAAGGAAGAGUUGCGCCGCAAAAUGGAAGAGUUUAAGCGUAAGCGGGAGGCCGAAGCUAAGGAGAAAGAGCGCAAACGCGAGAGAGAAGCCAUGGAAAAGGAAUUGAGAGAACGCCGUGAGCAACUCGAGCGUGAAAUGGCGGCUGCGAGAGCAGCUGCGGAGAAAGAAGCGCGUGAGAAAAUGGAGAAAGAAGCGGCAGAGGCCAGAGCUGCCGCCGAGAAGUUAGCUGCUGAAGCUAAAGCCGCUAGAGACAAGAUCGAAGCCGAGGCUAAGGAAAGAGCCGCGAAGGAGGCCGCAGAGAAAGAAGCAGCUGCCAAGGAGAAAGCCCAGAAGGAGGCCAUGGCCAAAUUCGCGGCUCUCAAAGAAGCAGCUGCCAAGCGCUACGCUGAGAAGAAGGCCCAGGAGGCCAAGGAAAAGGCUGCUAGCAAGCCUGCCCCCAAUGCAGCAAGCGCGACGAGUGCACCACGCACGCCGUCGCCUAAAAAGCAACCUCCUUUCCGAACGGCCCGAACCACCGUCGAGGAAGACGACGCUUACUCCUUUCGGCCAUACGACCGGCCUCGCCGCCCUUACGGGGGUGCUUCUGGAUCUUCUGCGUACUCGGAGUCUUCAUACGCGCCUUCGCAGUCCACAGCUCGGACCACUCCGCCUCCAUCACACCGCAGCUCAUACUCGACCAAAGAUCCAGAUAAGAUCGUUAUCCAAGGCGUGGCAUGGUCACAGAUGGUCUCAGUCCUACGGAUGACGACCGAAGGACUCUUCGUGGACGACGAUUUGCGCGGCGUAGGCCAGCGCGAAUGGGACGUUAAAGCCUGGACCCUAAAACUCACUGAAGUCUGGUGUCCGCAGCUAGGUGCGCCAUCAAAGGACAAGCAACCCUCUAGCAACCCUUUUUCUUUCCGCCGGGGAGCCGGGACUCACAUUCCCACGUCCGAAGAGUCCGACGCCUUCACAGCAAACCUGCUCAAAGUCUGCAAGAACACUUGCCGGCUUGCUUCUCCCAGCGCAUGCUUUGCGCGGAGCGCCAAUGCAGGCGGUAGCGAUGGUGCCCGGGUGAACCCUCCUCAAGCUGAGUUCCGAGGGCUCCAUGUCCUGCGAGCCAGUCUGCGUGACCAAGAGGGAAAAAAGUAUGUCUUUGUGUUGCAGGACACGGAGGCCUGGAAAGUCGCCAUUGGACUUCAGCGCCUUCGAGGCGGAGCUCUGGUUCGGGGACUAGGAGUCACUGCUCUUCCUGCUCCAGACUGCAAGAGUAUACUUGGUGGACUGGGCUAUAUUUGA